AUGGGUCAAGGUCGCCGCAUGAAGAAGCAGGGCAUGCCCGAUGUCCUCGACGAAUCGCUAGUAACCAGGAAGCGAAAAGAUGCGCCCGUCGCCGUAAACCCAGAGCGCAAGAAGAGGAGUAGGACAGCUGCAAGAGAAGCUAAGGAAGCCAAGGCGAAGGCGACCCCCAAGACGAGAGUAGCUGGAAAGCCCGUCAAGCAGCCUCUCAAGACGGCUGCUGCUGUCGUGAAUGGAGCGAAAGCAAAGUCAAAGAAGUCAGCACCUCAGCCGCCAUCGGAUGAUGAAGACGAUGUCUCAGACAUCGACGACUCUGACAUGGAGAACAUCAACGUCACCGGGCUCGAUGCCCUCGGUAGCGCGUCCGAAGAUGAAGACGACGAGGAGAUGAACGACGACGAAUUCGACUCGGACGUUGUGGACUCGGACGACGACAUCAGGAGGGGCGCGGCCAUGUGGUCAGACGACGAUGAUGAGGAGGAUGCAGAAGAGAAGCUCACAGCCGCUAACAUUGCCGGAUUGUCCACACGCUUGGAUAUGCAGAAGGCGAUCGAGGAAGCGGAGGCGCAAGCUGAGUUGGAGGAGAACAACAUGCAGACAAACAUCGCCAAUGAGCGACCCAAGAUUCUAGAGGAUGAGGAGGAUGAGGAUGGCAGGCCGAUCACCAACCUUGUCAACCAGGAUAUCCAGCUGCUGCGCACAAGACUUACAGACACCAUCCGUGUGCUGGACGACUUCAAGAACCUUGCCGAGGAAGGUCGGAGUAGAGCAGAGUACAGGGCGUCGCUCCUGAAGGAUAUCUGUGCAUACUACGGUUACUCCGAGUUCCUUGCAGACAAGCUUCUGAACCUCUUCCCUCCCCGCGAAGCCCAAGCUUUCUUCGAAGCCAACGAGACCCCAAGACCGGUCGUCAUCCGAACAAACACCCUCCGAACACACCGAAGAGAGCUUGCGCAGAGCUUGAUCAACCGUGGUGUACAGCUUGAACCCGUUGGAAAGUGGUCUAAAGUCGGUCUACAGAUUUUCGAUGCACAGGUGCCUCUGGGUGCUACACCCGAAUAUCUCGCUGGACACUACAUUCUCCAAGCUGCUUCCUCGUUCCUGCCCGUCAUGGCCUUAGCACCUCAAGAAAACGAGCGCGUGCUUGAUAUGGCUGCUGCUCCCGGUGGAAAAACUACACAUUUGGCCGCUUUGAUGAAGAACACCGGAUGCAUUUUCGCCAACGACGCCAACAAAGAUCGUGCCAAGGGUUUGAUCGGUAACAUUCACCGUCUAGGCGCAAAGAACGUCAUUGUGUCCCACUACUCGGCUCUCGAAUUCCCUAGGGUUAUGGGUGGUUUCGACCGUGUGUUGCUCGACGCUCCAUGCUCCGGUACUGGUGUCAUCGCCAAGGAUGCCAGUGUCAAGACCAACAAAACCGAAGCAGACUUCUUGAGGCUGCCCCAUCUUCAGAAACAGUUGCUGCUCGCGGCCAUCGACUCCGUUAACCAUCACUCAAAGACUGGAGGUUACAUUGUCUACAGUACUUGUUCCGUCACCCUAGAAGAGAACGAACAAGUUGUACAAUAUGCGUUGAACAAGCGGUCGAACGUCAAGCUCGUGGAGACCGGACUCACCUUUGGUAAAGAAGGAUUCACCAACAUCGGCGGCAAGAUCUUCCACCCCUCGAUGAAGAUGACAAGGAGAUAUUACCCCCACACCUACAACGUCGACGGUUUCUUCGUCGCCAAGUUCAAGAAGAUCGGACCCACACCUCCCAACGCUGUUGGUGUCAACGAGGCUUCGACUGCGAAGACCAACAACACCGCCAACACCAAGGACGCAGCUACUGAAGUUGAGAUGGUCGACCGCACACCUAUCGGUGCUGACAGCGACGAGGAAUCAGACUUUGGUGGCUUCGAUGAGGAGGAAGACGCGAAGUACAUUGAAAAAGCAAAGGCCAAGACCAUGCGCAGGAAGGGCAAGGAUCCUAGGGCUGUUGUACCAAAGGGCGAGAAGUCUGCCAAUGGUACGCCAGAGAAGAAGGCGAAGGAGACGCCCAAGGAGGCCACAAAGGAGUCACCCAAGGCUCAGAAUGGCGAUGUAAGCGUGAAGGAUAAGUCAGGCAAGAAGGAGAAGAAGGGCGGUGGCGUUGAAGUCGCUACUACCUCGAAUGGUGUCAGCGCAAAGGAAACCAAGGUGGAAUCGAAGAAGGCGCGGAGAAAGAGUGGUGAGAAGAAGAACAAGGCGUAG